CAGUUAGUUUGUAGUUGGGUAACUCAAGAAAAUGGGUCUUUCGGUAGCAGUUACUGCUGUGGGGAUUUGUUUGUGCUUCGGAACGGCUUUUGGAAGCGAAGUUGCUCGCUAUGAUAACUACAGGGUGUACGAAGUGAUUCCCUCGUCUACGAAUCAGCUGAACCUGCUUAAAGAUCUGGAAGGGUCGAGUGAUAGUUUGAUUUUCCUGAAAAGUGGUGACCAAGUUGGAACAAAGUUUAAUGUAGUUGUGGCACCCCACAAGUUGGCUGACUUCACGGAAGCCCUCCUCAACGAAGGGAUUCAUGCUCGAUUACUGGAGACGAAUAUGCAAAAGUCAAUUGACGAAGAAAACCAACGAAUGCUGUCCAAGCGUGCCGGAGGUUCUUUCGAUUUCAACGACUAUUACGAGUUAGAGGACAUCCAUGCCUGGUUGGAUAAGUUGGCAAAUCAAUAUGAUCAAGUAGAACUUCUUGAGGGCGGUCAUUCCUACGAAAACCGAUCAAUCAAGGGUGUGAAAGUGUCUUACAAAUCAGGAAAUCCGGGUGUGUUCGUAGAAGGAGGUAUUCACGCUCGCGAAUGGAUCUCUCCGGCAACUGUCGCUUACAUUCUCAACGAAUUACUCACCAAUACCGAUCCUAAAGUACGAAACAUCGCUGAAAACUACGACUGGUACAUGUUCCCUAGUGUGAAUCCUGAUGGAUACGUCUACACUCAUAAGAAAGACCGACUCUGGAGGAAGACCCGUACACCCUACUCUGGAGGAUGCUUUGGCGCUGACCCGAAUCGUAACUGGGACUUCCAUUGGGCUGAGCAAGGAACCAGCAAUAAGUGCGUAUCCGAUACUUACGGUGGACCUCACCCCUUUUCCGAAGUAGAAACGAAAACCUUGUCCCAGUUCAUUGCCUCGCUGAAGAGCAAAAUCCAAGCGUACAUCUCAUUCCACUCAUACUCCCAGCUACUGCUGUUCCCUUACGGACACACCCAUGAGCACACCCCGAAUCACAACGAUCUGUACGACAUUGCCAACGCAACGAUCAAAUCCCUCGCGAAACGCUACGGUACCUACUAUACGUUCGGGAACACCUUCGAUGCCAUCUACCCGGCCAGUGGAGCCAGUAUGGAUUGGGCCUACGGAACGCUGGACGUGAAAAUCUCCUACACCUACGAGCUACGACCCGGACAGGAGUCGUGGGAUGGAUUCGUGCUUCCACCAAAGCAAAUUAUCCCAACUGGAGAGGAGACUUUGGAUUCGUUGGUUACGCUGCUAGAGGAAUCGAAUGGCAGAGGGUAUUUUAAAAACUGAAAA